ACGCGAUAUAUAAAUAAUAAUAAUAAUAAUAAUUAUAGGCGCUAGCCUUUCAUUCAUAAUCCGUCAGAAAAAGAAAUCUAUUUGCUUCGCAAUUCUCUCUCCUCCAAUGUCUUCAAACCCUAACCCUAGCUACAUUUCUUGAUCUCAUUCUACUUCUACAAUCCUCUAACAGGGCUUGAGAUUCGUCGAAGGAUUCUAUUCUCUUCGAGCUUUCUCUGCCAAAUUUCUCGACUUCUUCGAUUGAACUUGAGGUGCGUCGAGUUCGAAGGUGUUAUUUGCGAUUUUCGAAGAGGAAUCGAAGUACUCCGCGCGAAGUUCAGAUAUCUGCUACCUGCGUUGUUUUCUACUUGGAUCGAUUUUCGGAACUGUGGAUUUCUGAUCGUGGUCGAUUGUGUUUCCUGAAGUUUUGGGAGUUUGAGCUUCUCCGUUACUCUUAAAGAGGGCUUUUUUGUUCUCCAUAAAAUCGGUGGUUUUCUGCUCGGAUUGGUGAUGAUCGGCGGUGGAUGAUCACAUUGACGAACUGAUUCUCUUGUAUUGAAUGUUCGUUACUUUAUCCAGAUUCAUGUGUAAUUGCAUCGGAGAAAAGCCUUUGUAGGAUUCGUCUUCGAAGACCUUGUGAAGAGCUCUGCGCGUUGGCGGUUCGAUAUGUUUGAUCCUUUAUUGAGUAAUUGAAAAAAAAAUUAGAAGAGGAAAAAAGAGUUUGAAUUUUUGUACCUUUAAUUUUUUUUUUUUCAAUACAAGGCCUUUAUAUUUUUUUUUUCAGAGGCCUUUUGAUUGAUAUAUGCUUCAGGGCUUUUGAUUGUUCCUGUUUUGGUAUAAUAUUUUUCUCUUAGAAAAUUAAAAGAAUUUAUUUUUAUCAUGGCGGUCUAUUAUAAAUUUAAGAGUGCAAAAGAUUAUGAUUCAAUUGCUAUGGACGGUCCCUUCAUCUCAGUUGGUACUUUGAAAGAAAAAAUAUUUGAAAACAAGCAUUUGGGAAGGGGUACUGAUUUCGAUCUUGUGGUCACCAACGCCCAGACCAAUGAAGAGUAUAUUGAUGAAGGGAUGUUGAUACCAAAAAAUACUUCAGUUUUAAUUCGUCGAGUUCCAGGCCGGCCUCGUAUGCCCAUUGUUACUGAUCCAAAUCCAAUGGUGGAAGAUAAGAUGGAAGAACUUGAACCUGAAAAGACUAGCUUCUCAGUAGCUGAUUCAUCUGCCAUGAAAUAUCAUGAUGAUUCGGAAUGGGAUGAUCUGGGGGGCGAUUUAUAUGAGAUACCAGAAGUUGUGCCAGUUCAAUCCAGUCAUGUACUUCCAGAAGCUACCCCUACCAACAAAGCUGACGAGGAGAGCAAGCUACAGGCUUUGAUUGAUACCCCAGCCUUGGAUUGGCAAAGACAAGGUCCUGAAGGAUUUGGUGGUGCUGGUAGAGGUUUUGGCAGGGGUAUGGGGGGAAGAAUGAUGGGUGGACGUGGUUUUGGAAUGGAGAGGAAAACACCUCCACAGGGCUAUAUAUGUCACAGGUGCAAGGUGCCAGGGCAUUUUAUUCAACACUGCCCUACUAACGGUGAUCCAAACUUUGACAUCAAAAGGGUGAAGCCGCCCACUGGCAUUCCUAAGUCCAUGCUGAUGGCAACCCCAGAUGGCUCAUAUGCAUUACCAAGUGGUGCAGUAGCUGUGUUGAGACCAAACGAAGCUGCUUUUGAGAAAGAGAUUGAAGGGUUUCCAUCUACACGAUCUGUUGGAGAUCUACCCCCCGAACUACAUUGUCCAUUGUGCAAGGAAGUAAUGAAAGAUGCAGUUUUGACAAGCAAGUGCUGCUUUAAGAGCUUCUGUGAUAAAUGUGUCAGGGACUAUAUUAUCUCAAAGUCAAUGUGUGUCUGUGGGGCAACAAAUAUACUUGCAGAUGAUCUAUUGCCCAAUAAGACGCUCAGGGAUACAAUCAACCGUAUAUUGGAAUCUGGUAAUAGUAGUGCUGAUAAUGCUGGGAGUACAUUUCAAGUACAAGACAUGGAGUCUGCACGCUGCCCACUGCCAAAAAAUCCAUCUCCUUCCAUGUCAGCUGCAUCUAAGGGAGAACAUAGACCAUCACCUGUCAAGGAAGAAACCUUAAAGGUAGAGUACAUAGCAGAUGAGGCCAAGCCUAUAAUAGCUACACAGCAAACAGUAGAGAAGGUGAAGACUGCGAGAAUAGCUGAUGUAUCUGAACCCACUCAUGAAUCAGUGAGUGUUAAGGAACCAGCAUCGCAGUGCAGUGCUCCACUUGUGGAGGAGGAAGUGCAACAGAAGCUAAUUUCUGUUGAGGCAGGAAAGAAAAAGAAAAAGAAGAAAGUCCGUAUGCCUGCUAAUGAUUUGCAGUGGAAAGCUUCUCAAGAUUUCCCAGUUGAUAAUUAUAUGAUGCCUAUGGGGCCUUCUGCUUAUAAUCCUUCUUAUAAUCUCUCUUAUAAUCCUUCUGCUUAUAAUCCAUACUGGGGUGGGAUGCAACCUAGUAUGGAUGGAUAUAUGACCCCAUUUGGUGGACAAAUGCCUGGACAAAUGCCUGGACAGAUGCAUGGACAGAUGCAUGGACAGAUACCUGGACAGAUGCCUGGGCAGAUGCCUUAUAUGGGUUAUAACAUAGGACCCUUAGACAUGCCAUUUGGUCCAGGUUUUGUUCAACAAGAUCCAUUUGGUGGUCAGGGUUGUAUGUACCCUGUUGCUCCUCCUCAGAGGGAUCUGUCAGAUUUUGGAAUGGGUAGGAAUCUAGCACCACCCCACCCUCUCAUGAGUAGAGAAGAAUUUGAAGCACGGAAAGCUGACUUGAGGAGGAAACGUGAGAAUGAGAGACGGGGCGAUAGCAGGGAUUUUUCCAAAGAUCUGGAUUUUGGUCGAGAAGUGAACAGCCGUGGCGGUGCCGGUCCAAUGAAACCCAAAUCUGUGCAGAGACCAGUGGAUAGAUCACCACCACCACCACCACCACCAGACUAUACCCACCGCCACCGUUCCGAGAGAUCUUCCAUUGACAGACCUCCCAGAGAUAUCGAACCUCCACGCCCACCCAAGAGAAAGUCCGACCAACACCACGACCGUGAACGAGACCGGGACCGCGACCAUGACCGUGACCGAGACUAUGACUAUCACGAUCGAGAAAGUGACCACCACCACCACUAUCAACAACGCCGGCGAUCGGGUUCCUCUGGCAGGCCGACCUCUGAAGCCUCAACCAAACCCUCAGCUUCGGCUUCGGCGUCGGCGGCGGCUUCUGCCUCUUCAGCUGCUGCUUUAGAGGCGGCGGCGGCGGCUUUAGAUCGCAAGAAUAAGGCGAGCGUUUUCUCUCGCAUUAGCUUUCCGGAGGGAGAAGUUUCGAAAAAGCGUAAGCUUUCUUCUUCUCCGGCGAAAGAUACGGGAGGUAGUGGUGGUGGUGCGUCUGUUUCUUCGACACAUCACAAAACGGCGUCGUCGAACGGGUACUACGAGGAUCACCACCACAAGUCUUCGUCUUCGUCGGUGAAGGCAGCGGCGGCGGCGGUUAGUGGUGGAGGAAGGAAAUCAGCUGGUUCUAUGGAUUACGAGUCUAGUGAUGAGGAUAGGCAUUUCAAAAGGAAGCCUUCUCGGUACGAGCCUUCGCCGCCUCCGGCGUCGGUGGAUUUGGAGGAGCCUAAACACUCGUCAAGAGGUUCCAGGGAUAGGGAGCGAAGCAAGCACAGAUAGGGUAGAAGAACGAGUAGUAGAUGUAAAAAGACUACUGAGCCAACCAAAGCAAUUGGCAACUGCAGCCAUUGAUGAUCUCACACUGAGAGAGAGACCCAUAAACAAAGCCACGAUUGGAAAUGAAAUUGUUGGGAUUGUUGUGUUGGUUUGGGUUUGGUAGAGAGAACAUGUGGAAUAUUAUUUUCUUGUGUAUCAUUUUUAUAUUUUAAUUAAUGUUUUUCUUUUUUGCAAAAGAAACAAUUAUAAUGAUAUAUUUUUUUUUUUUUG